AUGUUCACUUAUUAUCGAAUCGUCAUUCUGAUCGUCUCAUUUUUUGCUUUGAGUGCCCUCUCAUCCAACUAUCUCAUCAUAAAUCUCACUUUCAUUUGUAUGCAAGAUGAUCUCAAAGAUGGAAUGACGAGUGCAAAUCAAACUCUCGUCAGCCGUUAUGCAUAUUCUCCAUCUGAGAAAAGUCUUAUCAUCUGGGCAGUGGCCAUCGGAACAGUUAUCGGCACUUUCCCUUUCAAUUUCGCUUUUAUCCGAUGGGGAGCCAAAAUCCCAUUCCUUAUUGGUGGAGUCCUUUCGAUAAUCUCCACCGGUUUAACACCUUUGGCCGCUUCACUGUCGCUGCCGUUCUUAUUAGUACUUCGAUUGAUACAGGGAAUCGCCUAUUCAGCUGAUUUCUCAGCAAUCGGCGUCAUCACAUUGAGAUGGGCUCCCCUCGAUGAGAUGAGCAUCUUUAUCGCUGUGAUGACCUCCUUCAUUAGCUUCUCCACAUUUAUCACAAAUUCCGCAUCAGCAUGGUUCUGUACGUCGUCGCUUGGUUGGAGAUGGGCUUUCUACUCACAUACCAUUGCUACCGUAGUUAUCUUCAGUCUCUGGAUGUUGAUCUACAAAGAUGACCCAACAAAGCACAAAAGAGUGACAAGGGACGAGUUGAAGAAGUUGCAAAAAGACAAAACAAAAGCCGAGCUGGAGAUCGAUUAUUUUGUGCCGUACACGGCAAUCCUGAAAAAGGUGAGCGUCUGGGUGCUUUGGUUAAACGGUUUGGCGUUGAUCUCGUCGUUGACCUUUUUGAUUAUUUACAUGCCAAUGUAUCUACAUGAUGUCCUCAAGUUCGAUGUUUCCACAACGGGAAUGCUUGCCGCCAGCGGCCCUCUCAUACACACGCUCACCAAAUAUGUUUCCGGGUUUUUCAGUGACAAAGUCAAAAUCAUCAGUGAAAACAAAAAGCUUCAAAUUUGCAAUGUGCUGGCAACUGGCGUGCCCGGAAUUCUAUUCGUUUUGAUCGGCCUAGCUAGGCAUCAACAAUACGCGCAUUUUGUGCUCUCUGUGAUCCAAUUCAUGAAAUCGGUGGCUCUUUUCACAGCGCCCAUCAAAUGGUAUCUCUUCAUCCGGAAUGAAAGAGAUAUCACCGAAUGGUCCUACUCAUUUUAUCUCAACGGAUUUUUGUUGAUUCUGUCCUCAAUCCUCUUUUUUUUCUUCUGCAAUGAUCAACCGGCCGAAUUCACGAAAAUCACGCGCGACAAUCCGACUGGAGCCAAAUUACUAGAAGAAAAUCAACAAGAUGACGAAGGAGAUGGGAUCGAAGAAAGCGAU